UGACGGCAGCGGCGUGUGUGGCACGCGCGAGGGGAAGUUGCGGAGGCGGGAGAACCACGCGAGAAAGAAGAGGCGAUUGGCAGUCUGAAGGCCGGGUGACGGGCCGGGCUGCACGUUCCUAUGAAUGGUGGCCGACUUUACAGAGUUCGAGCGCGGAGGGGAAACUACGAAAUAAGUUAGGCAGUGUAUAGCAAUGGCCUUGAGCGGGAGCUAGGACCCCGAGUGAAGAUGAGAGUGCAGGGCGGCCAGGGCGUGAGCUUGUGGGAAGGCUUGCGGAGGUGCAAGACCCAAGCCCAGACGCAGGGCUGAGAGCCACGGUAGGGUGGAGGUUUUGAUAUCGUCGACCCCACCCCCCUCACCUCCGUCCCCGGCGAGUCUCCCUUCACACCCCCGGUCCAGUUGGCGUAGUCCUAGCGCACCGCCCCCCCCCCCCCGUGCGCGGGACGCGAUGGUAGGGGCCAUCCUAGACGCCGCCGCUGAUUGGCUGCGGGCGGGGUCUGGGAGCCGCCGCUCGACCUUCGCGCGUCUCUCAGUUGUUCCCGCCAUGUCGUUUGUGGAGAGCGGGCGGUCUUCGGCUCCCAGGCGGCGACGCCUGGGCACCCCGGCCCCUCUCCCGCGGCCCGUGUAUUCCCGCUUCACUCAGGGGUACAGUUGGGGUGAGGACGAAGUCGAGGAAGAGGAGCCGGUGGCCCGCAACUUGCGCGCGGAGUUCUCGGCCGGGGCAUCGUCGGAACCCCGGAGGGGCCCUCUCCCCCCGCUAGACCGGGAUGGAUCGCCGAUCUUGCCCGAUAAGCGUAAUGGCAUCCUCCCGGCGCCGGCGGGCAGCCGAGCCCGGGUGCGGCGGUGGCCCGUCCAGAUCCUCUCUAUUCUCUGUUCGCUGCUGUUCGCCGUCCUCCUCGCCUUCCUCCUCGCCAUCGCCUACUUGAUCGUUAAAGAGUUGCAUUCUGAAAAUUUGAAAAAUGAAGAUGAUAUGAAUACUGGGCUAUUAGGAUUCUGGACUCUGCUUAUAAUCUCUCUAAUUGCUGGAUUCUCCUGUUGCAGCUUUUCUUGGACAGUGACUUACUUUGAUUCUUUUGAACCAGGAAUGUUUCCUCCUACUCCUCUUUCACCUGCCAGGUUCAAGAAACUGACUGGACAUUCUUUCCACAUGGGCUAUAGCAUGGCGAUUUUGAAUGGCAUUGUGGCUGCUCUUACUGUGGCAUGGUGCCUCAUGUAAACCCACCCUGGCUCUUGAUGGCAAAAGCUGUGAUGGAUUUGUAAUAACAGAAAAGAACACUAUCCCCUACUCAGAAGCCUGAGAGAUGACUAUGUGGUUCAGAUGCCUGUCACGGUCAUCAUGAAGGUGGACAACCUUGCAGACCACCAUUCUAGAGUUUAGGCAUUGGGGAUAUUUGAGUAUUAAGUUUCAAUUACUUUCCUACAUGUAUAAGGUUUUUGUUUACCUCAUCUCUUUACCAUUAUAUGUACAGUUUUAUCAAUUGUAGGUAACAUUUUAAUGGAAAACAAACUUGGAAACUUGAAUACAGAACAAUGCCUACCUUUCCAUGUAUUUCAAUUUUUGCUAAGAAAUGCUAAUGUUAUUGCUUGAUGUAGAAAUAGUUUCUAUUUAUAUAUUACAAUAGGAAAAGAAUACUCACUACCCAGACAUUUUUAUAGAAGCUACUUAAUAUUUGGUAGGUUUUGAUAAAUCAUCAUGAAUAGAAUAUGCAUUUAUAUUUCUUAUGGGGUGUACUUUCUUACAAAUUUUUAUAUAUUUUCAUAGUAUAUAUUGAACUUACAUGUGUUUUUAAAUUACUGCAUCUAUAUGACUGUAAACUUUAUUUCUUAGCUGGCUCAAACCUGCAAU